AUGUCUGUGCCAGCCUUUCAGCGGCUGCGUCGUGGCGCAACGGAAGUCGAGGAUGCAAGUACAGGCAAGUUAGGCCCUGUUGUAGAAUUUCAGGAUGCCGGUUGUUUGCUCGUCUCGGAGGUGCAUUUGUUCUUUUCUCGGCCAGGGGAGUCGUCGGAUCGAGAUGAUGGACUUUCGGCUGUUACCCAAAAAACAAAGGAGUAUGUCGAUGAAUUCAGUCGAUACAAGGAUCAGUCGACGAUCCGUGAAGUGCGUGCUUUGUUGAUUAAGCAUGCAGCUCAGCCCGAUAUGGAAGACGAGGAUGAAAAGGGCUUACAGCUCACGCAGUUUGAAAUGGCGCAACUGGCAAAUCUGUCAGUGACAGACAUUGACGAGGCGCGCACUCUCAUACCUACACUCGCAAGCAAAGAUGAUGCGCAGCUAGAAUCGCUUCUUCACGAACUGACGGCCAUCCGGUCCUUCACAUAA